ACACAGAUUUAUAUAUAUAUAAAAUCAUCAUAAUAAAAUUAAUCGAUCUCUAAUAAACACAUUUUAUUUAGGAGAUGACAAACUCUAGGUGGCUAACGCCCUUGCGAAGAACGGGUAGAUCAAGGAAAGAACGCGAAGAAGGUAGCUUAUGUGGCACGCCAAACGUGAAUGGAGAAUACCUUGAAGCAUUCAGAACGAAAUCAUACGUUGAAAUAUGCAACAAAGCACACGGGCAGCUAAGAAAUCCAAGCACAAGACCACUCUCUCCCACACCUUCUUUCAUGCACCUCACUGAAUAUUUGCUAGAACCUCGGCAAGAAAUUAUAACUAACAUGAAGUUGCACCCUCUUCUGGUGGACUACUUUGAGGCCAGCUUAGAAGCAUGCCGUUGUUGCGACACAAUCCUUCAAGCCAUCCAUCAAACUCGAUGUUCUUAUGCAAGAGUCGCCACUUUUGUCAAGGACCAAUCCCAAAAGGCCAAUUGCACCGGACUUUCUUCCUUCGUAAUACAAAGUAACCCUUUGUCCAUUAUUAUGUUCCGUGACAUUCACGAUAGAUACAUGAUCCUCCUUCGUAGAUUAAUGUCAAAGAGAACGAAAAUUCGAAGAAUGUUGGCAAUAAAGCGAGUUUGCAUGAAGGUUGGAGGAAUUGGAUUAGUGAUUGCACAAAGCGCUCUUGUGGUGGCUUUAUUGGUGUUUGCGUUUCAUAGCACAAUUGGGUUAGCGGUUGCACCUUGUGUAGUGGGUAGUCUAAGCCUAUUUGGUUUGGUAAGGAAGAGAUUUAAGGGGAUUCAUGAGAGGCUUAACAAUAACACAAGCUCUUCUAGAAGAUUGUGUGAGCAACUUGAUGUUGCAGCCAAAGGGGUUUAUAUAUUGAUCAAUGACUUGGAUACUAUGAGCCGUAUGGUUAAGAGAUUAGACGAUGAGGUUGAACACUGGAGAGAGGUUGCUGAUAUAUGUUUGAAGACCAAUGGCAAGUGUGAAACAUUGAAGAGGGUCGUCAAGGAGUUUGAUGAUAAUCAAUAUAACUUUUUGGAUAUGUUGGAAGAGCUUGAAGAGCAUGUUUACUUGUGUUUUCUUACUGUGAACAGAUCUAGAAGGCUACUUAUGCAAGAAAUUACGGAGACACAAUGUUAAAAGAAAAAAUAAAUAAAAUCGGCACCCCAUGAUCUUUUCCUUUCAGCAAUGAGAAACUUCUGCGCGGUCACAUCCACCGUUCGGAGAGGAAAGUUCCGCUAGUGGCUUGGCGAGUGCCCAUGGUUUCAAUUUUCCAAAGGUCUGUGUAAUUCUUUGAAUUUACUGUAUCAGGCAAUUGUUAGAGUUUCAUAAAAUAAAAAUAGUUGCGUAUUUCAU